AUGGAACAUCAGAACGACCCGCCCGAUCCAACCAACGAGGUGGAGAUAUUGGAGGCUGGGGACAGCUACGUGUACGUCAGGUCCUACAGGGGAAUUAUGACUGAUGCCACUGAACAAGCACAACUUCUGUCCCAGAGUAUCAAUACGACUAUCAAGAACUUCCGUCACGUUGGAUAUAACAAGCCCAGCUUUGACGAUCGUUUGGAGGUGUGGGCUCAUGCUGAUGAUACGGCCCAACACUGGAGGACAGAGGAGUGCCAGUCAGGAGAGGUUUAUGGUCCCAGUAAUGGGCGAAGUCCACGGUGGUGUCUUCACAGCUGGGCUCAGCUGGGCCCUUUGGCCUUCCGGCUGGCCUCGGCACAGUGUCUGCUCUCUGGUCUCAACCAUGAAGUCCAGGCCCGAGUGACUGGAGCUCCAGCCAGAAUGGACCCACCAGGUUUCCCCCCACUGCACUUUGCUCCUCAGGCCGGACACUCUGAGGAGGGCUUACACGCAGAGGCAGCCCCCACAUCUCCUGAGUGUGACACAGAGACUGGACCUGAGUUGCUGGAGAGCUGUCCAGUGUGCGGAGACAGAGUUUCAGGAUACCACUAUGGGCUCCUCACCUGUGAGAGCUGCAAGGGCUUUUUUAAACGGUCUGUGCAAAACAACAAACACUACAGCUGCACUGAAGAGCAGCAGUGCCCCAUGAACCUCACACAGAGAAAGCGGUGUCCGUACUGCCGCUUCCAGAAAUGUUUAGCCGUGGGCAUGAAGAAAGAAGCUGUACGUGCGGAUCGUAUGAGAGAUUCACUUCUUGAGUUGGAACAAGAUGAAGGCCAGUUAUGUGCAAAAGUCCUUUCCAGUCUGCAGCGAGAACAAGCCAACCGAGGAAAGCAUGACUGCCUGAACACCUUCAGUAUCAUGUGCAAAAUGACCGACCUGACACUUUUUGGCCUUGUGGAGUGGGCCAGGAACAGUGGACUCUUCAAAGAGCUCAAGGUAGAAGACCAAAUGCAGCUGCUGCAGAACUGUUGGAGUGAACUGCUGGUGUUGGACCAUCUCUGCAGGCAGGUGUUCUACGGAAAAGACAGCUGUAUUUAUCUGGUGACAGGACAACAGAUUGAGGUCUCCACCAUCAUCUCACAGGCUGGUGCUACACUGAGCAGCCUGGUGUCCAGAGCGCAGGACCUGGUGACCAAGUUAAGAGAGCUCAAGUUUGACAGAAAAGAGUUCGUCUGCCUGAAAUACCUAGUAUUAUUUAACCCUGAUGUGAAGUGCGUGCAGAGCCGCGCUCAGGUCGCGAACACGCAGGAGCGUGUGCACAGGGCGCUGAUGGCGCACACGCAGCUUUCACAUCCGGGACACUUGGACAAGUUCGCACAGCUGUUGCUGCGGCUUCCCGAAGUGCGCAGCAUCAGCUUACAAGUGGAGGAGUAUCUGUACCAGCGCCACCUAGUGGGCGACCUGCCCUGCAACUCACUGCUCACAGAAAUGCUGCACACCAAGCAUAGCUGA